CAAACCUUGAAACUCUCCAAAUAAUAGAAAUGGUUACAGAGAAGAACAUACCACAAAAUCAGUCCUCUUACGCUAUAAUAACAGAGACAGUAGCAGAAGCAGUAGUAGAAGGAAGUCAUUACGUGAAGAACACGGUCUCGCCAUGUCACUUUACGAGCUCGAGCUCUGAUUCUUCUCUUCCAAAGGAAAAACAACACGAGAAGCUCUCAGCCGUGGCGACACUAUGGAGAGAGCGUCCUCCUACUUCUUACUGCAUCAAGUUCCAGUCUUUUGCGACUUUGUUGAAACUCGUGAAAGAUGGGAAGUAUGAGUCACGUCCUUUCACCAUCGGUGGAUACAAUUGGACGUUCCUAAUCUACCCGAACGGCAACAAAAAAGACGGGGCGAAUGGAUAUGUUUCGCUUUACGCAAGAAUCGAUAACUUAACUCUCUUCUCCGAUCCAAAGGAUGUGUAUGCGGAGGUCAAGUUCUUCGUCUACAACAGAGUCUACGACAAGUACGAUACAUACCAAGUUACGGUGUUGAAGGUGUAUCCAAAUGGAGAUGGUUAUGGAAAGGGCAAUUCAUUGUCACUCUAUUUGCUGAGUGAGUCUAAUGAAAAUGCUUAUGUUCGAGCCAAGCUAAGAGUUCUGGACCAAAUUCGAUCCAACCACGUGGAGAAGCUAGUGGACGGAUGGCCUAAUGCAACAGCUAAUAAUAAUGGAUGGGGUUACGAGAAGUUUGUAUCACUUGCUGAUCUUAAAGAUGCAGCUAAAGGGUUAGUGGUGGACGAUGCGAUUAAGGUUGAAGUCGAGUUCACUGGCUUCUCUAAAACAGACUCCACCUUAGAUGUUUUCUAUUAGGAUUUGGUUUCAAUGUCCUAAAUAAUAAUAAAAGAGUUUCUAACUCUUUUUUUGUUUUCAGAUUUGGGUUUUAUUUAGUUAGUUCCACUCAUAAUGUGACCACUUUUGUUUCUGUAAGAGCUUCCAAGAUUUAAUAAAUGAGUGUUCCCUUU